AUGAGUGGGUGAAAUGCGCCGCAAGGCGACAAAGCAGCCAAGAAACUAGCUGACAUCUGACCCAGCGCCUCGUUGCUAUUUUUAUGCGCUGAGAGCUGUUUUUGGAAAUUUGCUGAACGCAUGAACCAUAUAUUUGUAAUUUUUUUGUUUUGGUCUCGCGGAAGAGUCCAACGAAGGAAGCGCUGCUGAGUAAAUGAAUAGCGGUCGAGCACAAAAUAAAUUAACAGUUCAUGAUGUCCCACAGCGACGACAAUUGCCCAGCCGUUAAGGGGGUUGCUUACUAUAGACAAAGUCGACGACGUCAUCGGCGACAAGCAACGCCACGGAAGAUGAGCAACGACCAGACGCAGGGAAUAGACUAUAAAAAUCAUAAAGAUCACAAUAGAGCCGACUCACUCGCCAAACGGAGACGCCGCCAACAGCUAGAAGAUCUGAAAAACAGCAUGAAAGCCAAAACUCGCCGAGUUCUUGGCUUUCGCAGAAAGCUAAUCCGCCUGGUAAGCUUAGAUGUACAGCUGAUGGUAGGUGAUUUACCUUGCGCUGUGUCUGUGUUGGCGCCGUGACACAAAGGCAAAGUUUGUU